GGCGCCUCCCGGGAAUCGCCUCGCCCGGCCCCGCCUUGAGCCGGGCACGCGCUGCCUGGGCCCCGGGGCGCGGCCAGGUGUGUGACUCUUUUGGGCGAAGGCGCGAGCAGAGCCCUCUGCAGGGGGAAGCGGGGUGAGAACCGUGGGGCCUUGCGGGUGGUUUCGCCCGCCCCUUUUAGACGUUCCCAGGCUAGAGAGCAAGUAGUUGGCAGCGCUGGGCUCGUUGGAAAAUGGGGGUUUGUCAGUGGUUGAGCUCCUGGAAGUGCCAAGUAUUAUUAAAAGCUGCACACGCUGGGUGCAGAUCAGGGCCCGCCCUUUUCCGCGGGGGCAGUGGCCUAUGUGGAGGCUACAGCUCUCAUUAAGCUUGCAGUGGGAUAGCUUUCUGAUAACAAAAUUACUGCACGACCUCAUGCCACAAGGGCUCCCACAAAGUUAAGUGACUUGGACUUCAAUCCCGCGGGGCUCGGGCUUUGGCAAGGCUGGCAUUAGACUCACUGAGUAGCAGGGCAGAAACCCUGAGCCUCCAAGCAUAGGGUUGAAGCCUGAGCCCAAGCCCUCUGGCUUCAUCUUUCUGCCCUGGACCCCAGUGAGUCUAAUGCCAGCCCUGCUGAUCCCAUUAAAAUGAACUUGCAACCCCCUUUGGGCUCCUGACCCACAGUUUGAGAAUCGCUGAGCUACAGGAUCUACCUGCUCUAACUAGAAAGCCGUUUGCACCCAAAUGGACCAUUGCAUGCUGGAACGUCUUGUCUCUAAGGCUACUCAGAUGUCGAUGAAGCAUUGCAUGCUGAGACUGAGCAAGAAUUUAACAGUUUUGGCCAAUGGCUGCUUCAGGAAAGGUGGCUGCUUUCCGUCUACCGCCUCUGCCAACUGUUAGAGAGAUUAUUAAACUGUAUAAUCUCCGAGCACAAAAGCAGCUAUCCCAGAAUUUUCUCCUGGAUUUGAGAUUGACAGAUAAGAUAGCUAGACAGGCUGGCAAGCUGAAAGAUGCCCAUGUUUGUGAGGUGGGCCCUGGGCCAGGAGGAAUUACAAGAUCCAUUCUCAAUGCUGAUGUUGCUCAACUCCUGUUAGUUGAAAAAGAUACUCGAUUUAUUCCAGGACUGCAGAUGCUGUCUGAAGCAGCUCUGGGAAAAGUGAACAUUGUUCAUGGGGACAUUUUGACAUACAAGAUGGAGAAAGCUUUUCCAAAACACCUUCAAAAGAAGUGGGAAGAUGAUCCACCAAAUGUACAUAUCAUUGGAAAUCUACCGUUCAGUGUUUCGACUCCUCUAAUCAUCAGGUGGCUUGAAAAUGUUUCCAAUAGAGAUGGACCUUUUGUUUAUGGUCGAACUCAGAUGACUUUGACUUUUCAGAAGGAAGUAGCAGAGAGGCUCAUAGCCACCACAGGAAGCAAGCAGCGUAGCAGACUGUCCAUCAUGUCUCAGUACCUCUGCACUGUUCAAAACCGGUUCACAAUUCCAGGCCGAGCCUUUGUUCCAAAACCAGAGGUGGAUGUGUCAGUAGUGCACUUUACCCCUUUGGUGCAACCAAAGAUACAGCAACCCUUUAAGCUGGUGGAAAAGGUCGUUAAAAGUGUUUUUCAGUUCAGAAGAAAAUACUGCUGUCGGGGAGUGGAAAUCCUGUUUCCAGAAGCUGAACGCUUGGAAAAAAGUGAACAGAUGCUGAUGUUGGCAGAUGUGGAUCCAACUCUGCGUCCAGCUCAGCUUUCCAUUUUACAUUUUAAAAACCUGUGCAAUGCAUACAGGAAAAUGUGUGAUGAAGACACAACCCUUUUCAGUUACAACUCCAGAGAAGAAUUGAAGCAGAAGAAGAGAACUAGAAAAAAAGGACACUUGGAGCAGUCUGAAAGGGAAGACCAGCUUUAACACAGACUGUGCAUCUAAAAAUAAAGUUGUGUAAUCUUAAAGUCUUUUACUAAAACAAUUAGGCACACAUCAAUAUACACACACCCUUUUAUUUUUGUUGAAAUACUGGGGGAGGGGCCAUUCCUAUCUUCCUUAUUAAUUUAAUUCUGCUCUACAGAAAGAGGGUGCACUGACUAUGGGAUCCUUAACCUGCUACCAGUUCGGUGUAGCCUCCUCUGGUCUCUAACUUUACCUUGCUGAAUCAGGCUCUAAAAGUUUGGGUAGACACAUGCUUCAGAACCUUGCUGAAUGCCAGCCUCCCUAAAGGACUCACUCAUACAAAAAACUCCCAUUAAUUUCAAAGUAAAAUUUUACUGACUAUUUCAGCAUAACAAAUGUGAUGUUUUUCUUCUUAUCCUAGAACACUCUACUGGGCAGAAAUCUUGUAUUAAUGCACUCAGGCAAAUAGCUUCAAGAAUCAGUAAGAGUAUUAGCAGGCUUUCUGUGCACUUUUUUUAUCCCAAACAAAAGAACUCAGUCUUGAAAGCUCCACUAGGAGAAAGAUGCAAAUAAAGCAAGAAACUAGACAGAAUGCUCAUUUUCCUUUUACUGUACAAGUUGGUAGAGAAAAUAAAAAUACAAUCAAAUAAAAGUUACAGUACAA